AUGGUCACAAUCCCCCUGUACCUCUCCCAACAGAGGUCACCCACCAGGCUCACCAAGGUAUGUUCACUCCUGAAUCCAGAUUGAAAUGGAUCUAGAUCAUUGGUCCCCAAAGUAGACAGUACCGCCCUCUAGUGUGUGGUGGUAUUACCGGGGGGGGGUGCUAAGGACAUGGCAGUGGAGGUGGACCCCUUAUUUACAACUGACCAGGUUUGAGUCUAGAGUGAAACACUUUCCUCACUUCGUAUUUACUACUCUUAGCACUUUUCAGAGCUAUUUCCUUCGGUCACAUUUUUAUUUACAAUUCUGAGUUGGCACAAGUCACAAGAUAGCCAAUUAUUGGCCAUAGCCAUUAUUUCCUUAUACUGGAGGGGAUAAUAGCAGGAAUGAAGCACUGAAUUCAGCAAGAAAGUGCUUCCCACUUAUUUGUUUAUAGAAACGGUAAGCUGCAGUUUGGACUUGCUUUCAGCCAGAUGGCACAGAGCCCAUGUAAACCUCCAGUACAGGUAUACAGAUGCUUGGGACAUUCUGUAGGACUGCACUCAAGCAAAGAGCCACAUGUUCCAGACCGACUGUUCCAAGCUACAGGUUGUUAUUUCUUCCAAGAUUAACAGGAACUCAGCAGAGUAAUCAUUCUUCCUAACACUUUUGACAUCUAAACAUAAGAAAACAGUUGGCAGCUCCCCUCUUGCCCCAGUAAAUCACAACAGUGGAGCAUCAGGUAGGGUUGUAUAUGGAUCAAAAUAGGUAUAGUGUAUGGGUAUGUGAGUGAAUCUGUCAAUUUUGGUUUCUUUCAGUUUCUCAUUUUAUCCCACCUUGAAUUCGGUUCUCUGUUUUCCCCCAUCAAUUUCCAAUAAAAAAAGUUAUAUUGAAAAUCCACCAGCAUUUUAGUGCAAUUCUCUUAAAAUACUAUUUUUAAAAUAUAAUGUUGCCUAUUAUGCACACUUUUGCAAAGCAAUUUUCCCUAAUGUGAUUCAUUUUUGUUUGCUGAUUCCACUAACAUAUGCAUUUUUCUGCACACAUUUCUUGGCUGCAGAACUGCAUUGCAAAACUCUAUGCAAAUUUCUAUGGCCGGCUAUAAAAUGGUACCUCGGAUUACAUACGCUUCAGGUUACAGACUCCGCUAACCCAGAAAUAGUACCUCGGGUUAAGAACUUUGCUUCAGAAUGAGAACAGAAAUCGUGCUCCGGCGACACGGCAGCAGCAGGAGGCCCCAUUAGCUAAAGUGGUGCUUCAGGUUAAGAACAGUUUCAGGUUAAGAACAGACCUCUGGAACGAAUUAAGUACUUAACCCGAGGUACCACUGUAUUUCGGUUCACAUAUUGUUUCAGAAAGAGCAAAUUAAUUAGACUCACCUUUGUAUGUCAGUGCACUCCUUUCAGCUAAUAUUGGAGGCUGGAGCCAGCCGGCAAGCCAGAUCUUUAUUUCCCUCACCUGCUGCAGGUCACAUCUGGCAGGUGGGCAAGGCUACCCACCUGUCAACCACAAUGACAUCAGAUGAGGCACUUUUUGCCUGCAUGGCUUGAAACGGUGUAGGCAAAGGCACGGCACUUUCCAAGCCUGACCCUUGUAGCUGGCAAAGCCACUUGCACAGAACUAUCCAAGCUCCAAGUCAUAACAUGGAAUCAUAGAAUGGUAUUGCAAAGUUGGAAGGGGCGCUGAGAAUCAUCUAGUCCAAUCCCCUGCAAUGCAGGAAUCUGCAACUGGCCAAUACAGGGAUCGAACCUGCAACCUUGGUGUUAUCAGCACCACACUCUAAUCAACUGAGCUAUCCAGGCUGAUAUACAUAAAUCUCUGCAUCUGUAUUGGAAUUGUUUCUAUUUAUUUAUUUAUUUAUUUUUAAAUCAAAUUGUUUAUUGCUUGUUGCAUGCUACCCUGUCCUCCUUUAAGAAGAAUAGUGGAAUAUCAAUUCAAUAAUAAUAGUACGUAUAAUAUAAUAUACCUAUAUCACACUUUCAUUCCACCCUUUUUCUCCAAGGAGCAUAGAUAGGAGCACCAUCCUAUGCUUUUUCAUGUAUUGUUACUUUUGGGAUUGCAUUUGUUUAUUAUAAAUACUUUCUGUCCUGCCUUUCAGCUCUCAGUGCCAUACCUUAUUUGAAUGACAAAUUUUCUCAUAGCAGAGUAUAUGGUUUCCACCAGCCCAUUUUGAGGUAGGCUACACUGAGAAAGUGAGGUCAACUAGUCUAAAUGAGGUCUUGAACUCAGGCCAUUCUGCUAUUUCUGUGGCAGGAAUUGGCAUAGUGUUAACUACACCAAUGUGGCUAAACACAAGCUACCACAAAUAUAUUAAAUGAACAUAAAAGCAUAACCGCUGCAGUGUUUACAUAGUACAUUCAUGGGCUACAGAUAGGUGGAAGCUUGUGUUUAAAGCGAUUCAAACUGCAUGCAGUCUUGCUCAUGGUUAGAAAUGUUCUGCUAGGAGAGAACUUGUAGGAACACCAUGUGGUGUUAAAGCAGUGCUGUUCAAACCAGGGUUCUGUGAGCUUCCGCAGGAACACAGGAAACUGCACUUAAGCAGAAUCAAAUUCUGUGGUGGAUCUAGCUCAAUAUUGUCAACAAGCUGGUAGCAGUUCUUCAGUGUUUCAGACACAAACCUUUUUUCCAGUCUAGAGACAGUGGAGGCUGGUCCAUUAGGGCAAGUGGAGCACUGCCCCCCUUCCGCCAACCUCAGCCCACCUUCAGCCAACCCCCAGCUGAUCUGCCUUCUUACUUACAACCAGUUCAGGAGGUGGCACUGACUGCCAGUUUCCUCUUCCUUAGUCUUAGUCGUGCCUUUCUAGGUCUCAGUGGGGCAGGAGUGACAACUUGAAUAAAACAUUGUGGGGCCCAGGUAAGCCCCACCCCACAAAAUUGAUCACAUGAUGCAGUGCACAUAAACCAUUUGAAUGGGAAUGCCCAUCAACUUGGUGGGGGCUUGGUCCCCUCAAUUAUUUUAUUGUGGGGGCCGAAGCCCCCAAGACCACUAGGAGUUGGCUCCUAUGCAACAGGGCUUACUUCUGAAUAGAUGUGCCUAGGAUUGCACACUUCCUUUUUGAGCCAGCCACCCUGAAGAGCAUCCAGCCCAACAGGUGAGAUUCUGAGGAUUAUGGGCUGAGAGUGGGAUUUUACUGCUGGUGUGCUCUGGUAUAGAUGUCCGAAUUCCAAAGCUGCAGACCUCUGGUGGAUGUAAUUGAGAAACAUAGGCUACAACCCUGUACACACUUCCCUGGGAGUAAGCCAAUGAACUCCAUGGGUAGUGUCUGAGUAGACACACAUUGGCUUGCAGCACUGAAUGCUAUGCUUCUGUUUGGUUCACCAGGGACAUGAGCUAUGGGUUGUAUCCAGUAUCCAUCCUGCUCUGUGUCCAGAGGAGGGCAACCAAAAUGGUCAAAGGCCUGGAAACAAUGCCUUAUGAGGAACGGCUAAGGGAGCUGGGCAUGUUUAGCCUGGAGAAGAGGAGGUUAAGGCGUGAUAUGAUAGCCAUGUUCAAAUAUAUAAAAGGAUGUCACAUAGAGGAGGGAGAAAGGUUGUUUUCUGCUGCUCCAGAGAAGCGGACACGGAGCAAUGGAUCCAAACUACAAGAAAGAAGAUUCCACCUAAACAUUAGGAAGAACUUCCUGACAGUAAGAACUGUUCGACAGUGGAAUUUGCUGCCAAGGAGUGUGGUGGAGUCUCCUUCUUUGGAGGUCUUUAAGCAGAGGCUUGACAACCAUAUGUCAGGAGUGCUCUGAUGGUGUUUCCUGCUUGGCAGGGGGUUGGACUCGAUGGCCCUUGUGGUCUCUUCCAACUCUAUGAUUCUAUGAUUCUAUGAUUCUGAAUAGUAGAGCCCUCAGAAUUGAUGGACAAGGUUAGCUUGGGCCCACUAAUUUCAGAAGGUCUUCUCUGAGUAGAACUUAGUUGGUUACAGCCCCCCCCCAAAUGUAGCGAUAGUCACCAGAAGAAUGGCAGAUUAAGUUGAUGGAUUAUGCCGAAUGGCUAAAAUGACUGGAAGAAUCAGAAAUCAAGAAGACCAAAAUUUUAAUAAGGAAUGGGGGAAAUUUAUAAUUUAUCUUAAAAACCAUUGUAAACAGCUAACAGUGUUAGUAGGAUUGGAAUAACACUUGUAUCUUAAUGGUGAAUUUCGGACAUAAUGGAGAUGUAAAAGAUUUGGGUUAUCAUAAAAGAUGCAGGAGGAAAUGAUUAACAGUAGGACCCACAAAGGGGAGGAGGAAAGUCCAGGAAAUUCCUUGGAAUCUUGUUUUUAUGUUGUAUGUUGGAAAUGUGAUUGUAAAAUUUUAAUCUGAAAAACAAAAUAAAUUUAAUAAUAAUAAUAAUAAUAAACAAACAAACAAACAAACAAACCAAUUUGGGUGACUUUAAGAGAUUAGUCAACUUCAUGAAGGAUCGGGCUCAUCAAUGGCUACCAGCCCUAAUGGCUAUGUUCUGCCUCCAAGCAGUACACCUCUGAAUACUGGUUGCUGUGAAUCACAAGAGGGGAGAGAGCUUUUCUGCUCAGGUCCUGCAUAUGGGCUUCUCGUGAGCAUGUGUGGAACAGGAUACUUCCCUAGACGGACCAUUGGGCCUGAUCCAGCAGGGCUCUUCUUAGGUGAGUUUUUCGACCACCCACUGAGGCGCUGGCGUGUACAUAGUACAAGUACAUAGUACAGUAUCGACGCAACACAGCAACGUUUCUCUGUGUCUCCUGUGGUUUUAUAUUGCCUACUCACGUUGAAUAGCACAGACCUCGGACAAAGAAUGAAUGCGUAUAGUUAUGCGGAAAUGUGAACACGCCAGUGAAAACAUGCAACAGGUUAAGCAUCAGGCAAAGCACGGGGGGGUGGGUGGACUUUCGUUGCAAUUACUGCUAGCAAACCUUCAGCUCAGCUUCGAGGGGUCCCCCAGAGCUGCUGUAACCUCAGCUGCCCGGAGGAGACGUUCCUUUAACGCACCACCUUUGUGUGUUGCGACUGUGCCUUUGCGGGGCAGUGGGUGGGUUGCUGCUGGGGACGAGGGCACCUUAAGGUGUCGGCACCUGCUGAUCUGCCGGGGGCGGAACCCUUGCCUCUCUCCACCCGCCCCCCCACCCGCCUGGGAUUCUCUGCCAGCCACUUCCUGAGAAAGCAGAAGAGGACCAGAAUGAUGACUUGAGCGGAGCUUGCAACAUUCCAGCAAAACCUUCCCGCUGCUGGCCGGAUCCACUAGCCGGCUGCUGCAUCCCUGAGUGGAGAGGAGAGCCGGCUCCUUCCAAGAGGUAAAAAGCCACGACAUCAUUACUACUUCCUUGUCUGUUUCAGGACUUGUUUCUCUCCCCCCUUGUUUAUACCGCGUGGGUGGUCUUACAAGAGAACCUCUUUCCCUUCCUGGCGCUUCCCACGGCUCCAUGGGCAUCCGCAGGGGGUGUGGGCGAGGGGGCUCCCUCCCCAAAUACUCAGCUUUCUGUUUUCAAAAAGCUUACUUUUCUAGCAUUUGUAGAGUCUGAGUUACGAGAAUAAAUGUGCAGGCAGCAUUCUUUCUUUUUUACCUUUUGCUGAGAAACUAGCCUGCUCUCACCUGUCUGCUAUCACUUUGUAGUUUUUAAAAAAUCGUCAGGACACCCACGCAGAGCUUCCUUACUCUUGCACCUCUCUCAUUGCCAGGGUCUUCAUGUAAAGGGCUGACUUUGUACCAGUGCUAGCGCCGAAAUACAAAGAGACCUAGAGACCUUAAACACACUCAAACACAUUAUACAGAUAAAAAUAUAGGUGUCCACAGAGGUGGGAAAUGGAGACUGUUGCUUCCUCUGGAAAACCCUAACCCCCCAGAUUCCCAGGUUUCAUUAAAACAAAAUAGAGAAAAGGAUUAAGUUUCUAGCUUUUGUACAACCCGAGAUCUGAUGCAAACUGUUACAAGCAUUAUUCUUACUGAGAAACUAGCCUGCUUCACACUUUUGGUGUUAUACUUUCUCCUUCCUCCAUUUUUCCCCCCUGAGGACACCCCCUCUUGUGUGUGUUUGUGUACUGUACGUAUUUUGUAGUAUUUUGUGUGUGUGUUUGGGAUAACGAAGCUAUCAAUUAGGAAGUACAGAAAGAACACAGUGACUGGUUAGAUUUUUGAAAGAUGUAUUUAACUUUAACGUUCCCAUCCUAGAUGUAUUUUUGGGAAGUUGGCCCUAUUGAGUUUGAUGAGUGUUUGUUAAAGUGGUUUGUAAUAGAAAACUCUUCCUGCUUUAAAGAAAAAUUCUGAACUUCCUUUUUGCUCCCAAAGGAUCUGUGUAAUUUUUAUAAUCCACCUUUGGACAUUUAGUCAAUAAGGAAGUGAACAACAACAUAAUGAUCUGAUGGGGGUGGGAAUUUUCAGCAAGGCUGAUUAGCAAACAUUAGUGUCAACAGCUAUAAGUAUGCCAAGGUCUUUGAAAAGAGCGGGAUAGGAUAAUAAAACCACUUAGAGCUUUUAUUAAAAUAAAGCAGUGUAUAAGUGUUGUGAAAUAAAAUAAAAUAGUGUAGCUGUUAUCCUUGCUGAUGGACAGGUAACUUAAAAAAAAACAGGUUCCAAUUUAUUUUCUCAGUCUUAUAAAAUCUUAAAAUUUGGUUGCAGCUGAAGAAAUUCAAAACUGCAUAUAUAAACACAAGUGCUUGCACAUGUAAACUUAGUGCUUGCUUUAUGGUAGAAGGAGUUUUAUGUAAUAUGUUAUUCUUCCUUAUCAGUUAACUGCAAUGCUUAUGUUAACAGGUGGUGCCCCAAGGCAAAUAAAGUAUGUCUAGUCCUUGUAGAAAUCGAUAGGAUUUUAAUAUACCGGUACUUAGCAGCACAUGUCCUGUCUCCUUCAGAAGUGCCUGAUUGAAAUGUGUCAUCAAAUUGUGACACAUCCUCCUUUGGAUGGAGGAUACAGAUGUGUGUUAUAGUCUAGAUUUUGUGUCACUGGAAUUUGGCCUUCUGUACAGAGGCCCCACCUGCACUAUAUAUUUAAAGCAGUAUUGUACCACUUUAAAUAGUCAUGGCUUCUCCCAAAUAAUCCUAAAAACUAGUUUGUUGAGGGUGAUGAAAGUUGUCAGGAGCUACAAUUCCCAGAACGGUUUAACAGUAUAACCCUCUGCCAAGGGAAUUCUGGGAAUUGUAGCUCUGGGUGGGGAAUAGGAGUCUCCUAACAACUCUCAGCAGCCUUAACAAAUUGCAGUUCCCAGGAUUAUUUGGGGGAACCUAUGACUGUUUAAAGUGGAGUGAUACUGCUUUAAAUGUAUAGUGCAGAUGAGGCCUAAUGUAAGAGUAUAGGGACGUGGGUGGCGCUGUGGUCUAAACCACUGAGUCUCUUGGGUUUGCUGAUUGGAAGGUCGGCGGUUCGAAUCCCCACAAGGGGGUGAGCUCCCGUUGCUAUGUCCCAGCUCCUGCCAACCUAGCAGUUCGAAAGCACGCCAGUGCAAGUAGAUAAAUAGAUACCGCUGCGGCAGGAAGGUAAACGUUUCCGUGUGCUCUGGCACUCGUCACGGUCAUCUGUACGCCAGUAGUGGUUUAGUCAUGCUGGCUACAUGACCUGGAAAACUGUCUGUGGACAAACGUCAGCUCCCUCAGCCUGAAAGCGAGAUGAGCACCGCAACCCCAUAGUCGCCUUUGACUGGACUUAACCGUCCAGGCGUCCUUUACCUUUUACCUUAAUGUAAGAGUCACAUCUGUUGCUCCACUUACUUUUCCAUCUUCCUCCAUCUAUAUUUUGUCUCUGACCACACCCACCACUUCAGUGUGACCCCAAGAAAGAUGCUCAUGAGGGAAUGUGGCUCUCAGGCUGAAGAAAAACUUCCCUGUACCUGGGGUACAGGAUUGCAAAUUGCAACUUUAACUUUGUCUGCUGCAUUCAGCUUGGACCUCCAGCCUUGGGAGAUGGGAAAUUCAGGCAUCUGCCUAAGCCCACCCCCAGCAGGAUCCCCACAACCAUAAUCUUCUCACUGUUUAAAGCAGAUUUAAAGAACAUGACUUCCCCCAAAGAAUCCUGGCAACUGUAGUUUGCUAAGGGUGCUGGGUAUUGCGUCUCUAUGAGGGGUGAACUCCAGUUCCCAUAAUUCCUUUUUGGGUGGAAGCCAUAUGCUUUAAAAGUGCUUUAAAUGUACAGUGGGGAUAUGAGCUGGCUGCUAUUCAUGGUAGCUAGCUCAAGUGGAUGGGCUUGUAGAUUGGGAUAAAGACUGCUCCGAAGGUUGUGGGGAGCCCUUGGAAAGCCUGGCUCCCACCACAUGUCUGCUCUAAUCAGCAUGAGCAUCAUGCUCUCAGGAAUCAAGGUGCACAGAACAGGAUCUGAACUCAGGUGAGCUCUCCUUACCUUAUGGGCAGUUUCCACACCUGGCUGCCAACCUACCCACUUAGAAACUUCGGAAGAUGUCUUAUGGUGCCCAGUGGAAGGGCUGGCUCUGUACUUCUAUGAGGAUUAACUUUCAGCCUCAGUUUUCCUUCCAUCUAGAAGCCUACCUUAACUGUAUUUUUAUGGGGAAGAACAUGAUAAAGGCUGUGAACCAUAUUAUUUCACAACCGUCCUUCUGAAAACAGCACCCCUUGGCUCUGCACUACUUGCCAAAUUCAGGAUACUUCUUUAGCGUUAGUGGAACAUUUUUAUUUGCCCCAUAGUAGCAGAAACCUAGAAGGUAGUCUGUGGAGAAAAAGCAUAUUUCUCUGUAAAUCAAGGUGUGGUUACUAAUAUCUCUAUCUCUCGCUGUGUAUAUGAUAUAUCUUUAAAGCACAUUUCCCACCUCUAGGAAUUCUGGGCAAUGUAGUUUGUUAAGUGUUGCUGGGAAUUGUAACUCUAUGAGGGGUAGACUACAGCAACCAGAAUUUUUGGAGGGGGGGAAAUGUGCUUCGAAUAUAUGCAGCCUGCCUGUUUGCUGAGGGCCAAAUCAAUUUCUGGGAGGGGGGUGGGCACGUGGUGGUGGGGGUGCAGUUGUGUGGAAGAAGGCAGUCAAAAGUGGGUGGGCAAUGGAUGUAAACUUAGGCUAUUUUUUGCACACCUUGGUGUGACUGGGGAAGAUGUGUAGCGUGGAGAGAGUCCAAACGACCAAAGAGAGAAGGCAGCCUGUGGUUCAGCCUUCCUGAUCUAUCUUAAUGGGAAAUAGUUUUCUAAAAAGAUAUCAUGGUUGCAGAGAUUGCUAAUGCAAUUGCUGUGUUCUUUAAAAGCAAACAAAGAUUCCAUAUAUUUUAAUUUCCUCUCCUUCCUGCUCCAAAUGAACUUGGUCGGUGAAGUUCUUGAAAGCGAUACAUCUCAUUAAAUUAUAACCUGGAACUGGUAGCAAACACAGUACAGUAUUCAGUUCAAUGUAACCUGAGAAGCAAAAGAGCCUCACUCUUCGUUGAUUCUGAUGGCUCAGGCUAUUACUUUGAGGUUGCAGUUUCUCACUGCUCAAGUUGGUUGAGAACAUCCUGAAAGCAAUAAAGUGAAUGAGCUAAAAUAAAUAAAUAAAUACCCAGAGCCAGUGAAGCUACAAGUCUAUAGCAGGGACAAGGAAGAACGACCUUAAAUGAGUCCAGAGAAAUAUACCUUGCCCCUUCUGUGCCCCCCCCCCAUUUCUUUUCUGGUGCGGCCAUUGCCCUUCUUUCUCUCACAGAGCUUCCCAUAGAACUCUGGGAAUUGUCACUGUAGGGUGACAAUGGGGUCUCUCCCAACAAUUCUCAUCACCUUUAGCAAACUGUAGCUCCUAGGAUUUUUUUUUGGGGGGGGGGAGCGGUGGCUCUUUAAGGUGGUGUGAUACUUCUUCAAAUGCAUGGGGCAGGCAGGAUAUAUAGGAGGGGAGGGAACAUUGCAAAGGGACUCCUUGAUCCUGGAGCUUGUCCUGUUUGUUUUGACCUUGGUGAUUAAAUCACUUAAUAAUAGCAUGAUGUGCUAAGGUGGCAUACCGACUGAGGGCAAAAUGACACACUUUAUUUAACUAUAUGAUUGAAUUUGACAUGUUUGUGUGUGUGUGUACGUUUGAAAGAAAAAGAAAGUAGCUGCUACAUACAUAUGACCAGCUACUUUCUUUUUUUUCCAAACGUACACACACACACACACACACACACACACACACACAGACAUGUCAAAUUCAAUGAAUGACUAGACUAGAAUGAAGAUACGGUUUUAUUUGUAGAUGUGUGCUCCCCCCUUUUUUCUUUUUUUCUCUUUUUUCCUUUUUGUGUUUUGUUUUUCUUUCUUGUUUGUAUAGUUUUAUUUUGGAUUCAAUGUUUGUAAUUUUUGUUGUAAUGUUGCAUUGAAAAUAAAAUUUAUAUUAAUUUUUUUAAAAAAAAAGUAGCUGGAGAGAGCAGAAUCAAGGCUGUGUGUGUGUGAGAGAGAGAAAAACUAUUCCUUUCUGUAUUACACAAAUUAGUUUUGUAGAAGCAUAAACACUUUCCUUCAGGAUUCUGGGAAGAAAAAGAGUUUUGCUGAUGGUGUUGGUAUCGUGUUGGUAUCAAAGUCCGAGUGAAAGAAUGUAUUAACUUAUUUGCCAUGUUUUAUAUUGCCACCUGGAACCUUUGCUGACAGCAAGUUCCUGAUGACCCGAUAGAGAGGGUAGGCUGCUUAUGUUCAAGUAAAAUGGCUGACCUUUGUCUUGAGGACCAUGAAAGCAUUUCUACCUUUCCUGGUCUCGCUGAACAAAUGCCAAAGGUAUGCUAACUCUUUUAGCACCCAGUAUUUCCUUGUGGUUUCUAAGUGACGUAGUGGAUAUUUGAAGAUGGGAUUUGUGUUUGGUUUUUUGGCAAGCUUAAACAUGUCAUCUCAUAGGAAUAACAUAAAAAGGCCAGAACAGGUUAAUCCUAACCUGAAGACAAAAACACAGUUUAGAAGAAAAAACUGUGGCUUUCCUAUUGAGGCCCAGUGCUGUAGACAGACAUGUAUCAACGGAAUUUGUCCCCAGACUGAAAGAUACGUUUUUAAGUUUUGUAAGAAAAAAAUGAGGGUGGGGGGCAACAAUAAAAAUACAAAACAAUCCACAAUUCAACCAGUUCAUAAACCAAAGUAUUAGCAUAAAAAUAAAGACCGUAAUCCUUAACCCAAAGUUUAAAACUGAGAUUUCAGGCUCUGUUAUCAGCACUUAACCACAGUUAAUGUUAGUGCUGAUGUAAUUUGAUCUUUAGUUAAGCUGGGUGAGACAUACUCUCCAAUGUUUCUCCAGUGAAAAUAGGGGUGUCCCAUUCCACAGUAGUGAUAAUAAUAAUAAUUUUAUUCUUUGUACCCCACCCAUCUGACUGGAUUGCCCCAGCCAUUCUGGGCGGCUUCUGACAUACAUAAAAACGUAAGAAACCAUUAAACAUUUGUUUUUAAAACUUCCCUAUACAGGGCUGUCUUCAGAUGUCUUCUAAAGGUUGUCUAGUUACUUAUCUCCUUGGCUUGUGGGUUACAUAACUCCAUACCCUUCAACAUUUCUCUGAUGAAAAUAGGGACAUAUAAGGAAAAGCAGGAUUAAAUCAGAAACUGAGAUGGCUUCUGUAAAUAUGAGACUGUCCCUGGAAUAUAGGGACACUUGGAGGGUCUGGAUUCUCAUGAGAAAGUAUGCAAUCCCUUCACCUGUUCCCAAUCUCAUAACCAUGGUUCAUUGAUGUAGUAUAUCCACACCGGAAUGUAGUAUUCAGCAUAUAACAUACUGUUGUGGUUUCCCGCCACCAUCAUCCCAAAAUUCUACAGCUCAAGGACACCCAAUGAGUUGAAUUCGGGUAGAUUCGGGGUGGAUGAAUGGAGCUAUCUUUCACACAGUCUUUAGUGGGUUUUAUCCAACACAGAGUAUAGCCACUGAAAUUCAUGGACCGCAGUAAGUAAUGUCCAUGAAUUAUAGCACAUUGAGUCAGGCUAACACUGGGUAUAACCCUAUGCAUUUGUGACAUUCAUUGUUAGAAGAAGACAUGCUGGCUUCUGAGUUUGAUGGCUUUAAAAGGAAAGGAAAGAAACUCAAAGAGGACAAGGGUAUCAGUGGCUACUAGUUGUGAUCGCUCUGUGUAACUCUUACGUUAGGGAUAGGGGACCUGGAGCCCACUAGCAAAGUAAAACAUGCCCAGUUCAACUCCUCAUAGGACUUCUGAGAAGGUAUGUGAUUUUUAACUGAGAAAACUCUGUGGGGGGGGGGGGGAGAGAUUGAGAGAGAGAUAAAGUUAAAGAGUUAAACAAGAGGGUGUGAGUGUGAAAGAUUGGCUGGAACGUAUUUUAAUUUAAUUUCUUUUAAAAUAGAUUCGGGAUGAAACUUCGCCCAAUAAAAAACUGA